AUGCUGCUCCACUUGAAGCCACGCGAGGAUGAGCUUAAUCGACCUUGCACUUGCAAGACUUUGAUUCCCACUGAAGAUACGACACUCGACGAUGCACCUGAGGGAAACCUCAGUCCAUCAACCGAAGUCCACUUCGACAGCACAGCCAGUCAGCUGGGGGAGGGAUCAUACUCCAAUUGCUCCAGUGUACCUGCCACCGCCAGGCGAGCCUUGUCUCAUGACCAACAACCUUCGAACUCCAGCCUUUUGACUUUUGAGAGAACGCUGCAACAACCACGAGACGACGACGGCAACGAUAACAAGAAACACUCGAACAGAGCAACGUCAUCGAGCGUAGAAAAAGCGACAAAGGAAAUCGAAUCAGACAGACCUUUUCAACAACUUGCACCAAAAUGGUUGGUCCAGCCUUUUCCCCUGCCGGGCUGCUGGCGAGUGCUUCUGGCUCGCCUCGCUGCCUACAUUAGCUUGGAGAUUUGCUCGCGCAGUCUUAACACCUCCCUAGCUCCUCAACUUGCUGACUCUGGGCCUCUGGUCAAAGAUUGGACGUUUGACUCAUUACGCAUUCGAUGCGGUGCUCUACCCAGUUUCAAGACGGACAGAGCUGCCGGCGAAAACAAGGACAUGACGAAGUGGAUCGAGAAGUAUCUCGGUGUCGGCGAGUGGGUGAUGGAUCAGUCGGUCGCAAUUGCCGGCUCCAGCGGUUGGUUCGAACGCAGGCGAUAA